GCAAUUCUCAUUAUUUUGACAUGUGUGGUACCCAGAAGACUUUGGAAUGAAUACAUACUGCCUUGGAAACUUCAUGUUUAUAAUAGUACACCUAGGUUGGGAAUGUGGCGUUACAUUACAUGUUUGUUCCAGGUCGGAGUCGCUGGGGCAAAGGUGGUGGUAAUGAUAGAGGGCCACGUGGCAGUGCCAGUGACAGAGGACCUCGAGGUCGGGGUGAUGAUAGGGGACCUCGUGGAAGGGCAGGAGAUGACAGAGGUCCUCGAGGUGGUGGUGACCGUGGAGAGCGUGUAGAUCGUGGAGGUGACCGAGGUGGUCCACGAGGAGGUGGUGACCGUGGUCCAAGGGGAGGAGGUGCAAACAGAGACAGGGGUGGGAGAUCUAGUCGCUGGGGAGACAAGAGCCAAGACCGUGGAAGCAGGUUCUCAAACAAUAAUGAACCACACAGUGCAAACUUCCAACCAUUGGGAAAUCCCUCCUCAGGCAGCAGGGGAGGGUUAGGACAAAACAAUGUUUCUCAGAUGGGUGGGCGAAGUGGUUUAGGGCAGAAUCCACCUUCACUGUUGAGUUUGCCACAGCAGCCCCCACCCCCUCCCCCACCACAGGCAGGAAACAUGAACCAUUACCAACAUAACAGUAACAAGAACUCUGCCCCUACUCCAUACUAUCAGCCCAACAACCCUCCACCCAAUAUGACUGGCAACAAUGUGGGAUAUACAGGGUAUGGCCAGUACCAGCAGAUGAAUGGCUAUGCCUACAGUCAACCCCCACCACCACUUCCCAAAAAUUAGGGCAAGAUAUGUGUUGUGACUACUGUGUCAGAGCUUGUCACUAGUGGCAGCACAUUCCAGUCACCAAGGCCUUUUUAUUAUAUUAUUUCAAGGGCAUAUACUUGCUAUAUAACAUUUUAAAAAUGGUUUCAUUUUUAGAGCAGAUUGCAGUCAUACUGCUCAUGAGAUGGCCUGUGUACAGCAGUCAGAACUGACUGAUGAUUAAGGGACUGUUUUUUGUUCCAUUGCACAUACACAGCAAAAUAUACUUACAACUAAAUCCCAGGGGACCUGACAGUCUUUCUUCUUUAGAUAUUUUUUCAUUCAACACUUUAAAAUGCCAUUGCACAUUCUACAUUACCACUGUGUUAUGAUGGUUGUUCAAAUGAAGAGGCCAUAAAAAUUGUCUGUAUGGGGAUUGAGGUAGGCAUCCUGUUGAUGCAGCAGUUAAUGGAUUCUCUCCACAUAGAACAACCUGGGCUGCUUCUGGAACUAUUGCACCACUGAGGGCCUUGAUAUCUUUGUCUGACUCAAAUCUGUGGUCCUUUAGAAUAUUCUUGAAGGGGCUGUAGGCAUGGGAAAUCAUAUGGUGACAGGUCUGUACUGAAUGGGGGAUGGUCUAACACCUUCCAGUGCAUACAACAGCAUGUCCUGGAUAGUUCAGGCCAUAUGCCAGGAUAUUUUUCCUUUAUGGCAGUCCAGAGAUCUCGAUUCCACAACAGUGCCUUGCAUUGUAGGUGAUGUCAAGGUCCUUGAUUCAGUUUGGAUGAAGACAUGAAGGCCAUGGUGGUGCAGUGGUUCCAGCUACAGCUCAAGGAAUUCUUUUGCAGAGGGGAUUCAUCAGCUGCUGUGUGGAUGGAAUGCCUGUCUGAGUUCACUUGGAGAGAAAUUUUCCUAUGAAGACAUAUGUUUCUGUUUAAUCAAGAUUUCAAUUUAAGAUGGGUUUCACUGUGCUUUUUGUAAUGUAUGUAUUUUAAUGUACAAACUCUAUUAUACCCCCCCCCCCAAAAAAAAAAAAAAAAAAGUUGACGCUAGACUAACUCCUUUCUCUUCAGUCCAAUUUUACUGUUAUAUUAUUUGUGUAUGGGAAAAUUUGGUAAACUGGCCAUUCCAUGAGUACAUAUGGCAGUUCUAGCACACCUUGUUGUAUUGACACGGACACAAAAUUAUUAUUGUAAUUUCGUAUGGCUGCUGGGGGUCACAGGAGCUUACCUUAGUUUUGCUAGGGAUGAAUUAUGAAUAAACUGUUAUUUUUGUCUUCUUUUCAAAAUUGUGCUUUGUCAGUAUUUCCUGCACCGUAGUGGCAGCCUCCUUCUGCGCAAUAUGUAAUGUGAUAGUGUCUUGAUUUCAUCUGUCAUGUAAUCUCAGUCUUGCAGUUGUUGACUGUAACAGCAUCAUGUAUUUCACCCAGUCUGUAGUGUAGGUAUUUUAUAAAUUGGAAAUAAAAUAUACAGUAAUA